CUCUCCUCUCAUCCUCUCAUCCCCUCCUCCUCUCCUCGGCUCCUCUCCGCUCCGCAGCGCCCCCCACCGGCCUGCCGCCGCCACUGCGACCAGACGCUGCGUGCGCCCGGUGAACCGACCGUCGCUGACAGAGACAACACACCCGUCGUCUGCACUCAGCCCGACCUGCGACCGGCAAUGGACUACGUGAACAACGGCUCCAACAGCUACGGCCCCGGAGACGCCGUGAGCUCCUCCGUGGCCAGCAUGAGCCUCGGCGAGCAGCAGCACCAGGAGAACGGCGUCCAGGCGGGACACCGCGGCCCCGGGGACGCCAAGAUGAAAGCGGAGACGUGUGCGGAGGCCGGCGGAGCUGAAGCGGCGUCCGGUCCCUCGUGUGGCGACGAGGCGCAGCUCGCAGCAGGAGCAGCUUCAACAGCUCAAGCUAAGAUGGAUAACGGCUCCACGGAGAAGACCGAACCAACAUCGCCCCUUAAAAGAGCGUCCGUAGUCGCCACGGGCAACAAAACGCACGCAUCCGCCCGAAACGGCCACAGUUCCAUCCCCAUUAAAGCCAGCGGCACAGGGCCGCGGCCGGCCGGAGGUGGUGCUAAAUCUCAGACCCCAGGAGUGAAGACCGCGGCAAGAACUGCAGCUCAACCAGCUAGUGCCAAGAAACCGCCCACUCCAAAAAAUGCAAAAGAUGCCAUGAGUGGACAGAGCAGCCCUGGAACUCCCAAAUCGCCCUCCAGCCAAGCACUCGCUGCCAAGUCGGCAGCCGAGGCCAACAAAGUGAAGAAGAUCGCGGUGGUGCGCUCAACGCCCAAAUCCCCAGGCUCGCUGAAGAGCCGCCCGCCGGCUCCCUUGGCCGCCGCCGCACCGAUGCCGGACCUGAAGAACGUCAGGUCCAAGAUCGGCUCCACAGAGAACAUGAAGCACCAGCCUGGAGGCGGAAAGGUCCAGAUCCUCGAUAAGAAGAUUGACGUAACUAACGUCCAAGCUCGCUGUGGCUCUAAGGACAACUUAAAGCACACGCCCGGCGGAGGCAAGGUUACAAUCCUUGAUCAGAAGUUGGAUUUUAGUAAUGUCCAGUCUAAGUGUGGCUCCAAAGGCAAUAUCAAACAUUCACCGGGUGGCGGCAAUGUACAAAUUCUUGAGAAGAAGUUGGACUUAACCAGUGUGCAGUCCCGGUGUGGCUCCAAAGAUAAUAUAAAACAUGUACCCGGUGGUGGCAAUGUUCAGAUUGUGCACAAGAAGAUCGACCUGAGCACCGUCACCGCCAAGUGUGGAUCGAAAGCCAACAUCCGCCACAAACCAGGCGGUGGAAACAUCGAGAUCAAGAAUGAGAAGCUGGAGUUUAAGGUCCAGUCCAAGAUCGGCUCCCUGGACAACAUCGGCCACGUCCCUGGAGGAGGAGCGAGGAGGAUUGAGAGCCACAAACUGACCUUCCGCGAGUCGGCCAAGGCGCGCACCGACCACGGCGCCGAGAUCGUCUCCCUGGAGGACUCCCCCCAGCAGCUCAGCACCGUGUCCUCCUCCGGCAGCAUCAACAUGGCCGACUCCCCGCAGCUCUCCACGCUGGCCGACCAGGUGUCCGCCUCCCUGGCCAAGCAGGGCUUGUGAACGCGCCCGGCCCCGCCCCCUCUCCACCUCUAGGCCACGCCCACGUAGAGGAGUCGCGACGCCUUCCUCGUUGUUUUCACUGGACUUUUUUAGCCGCCCAUCACUGUUUAUCCUUCACUAACCUUUGAGAACUGUUACUAGUCGAGUCAUCGAGAAAAACGAUUUGGAUUAACAAGUAGGCCAACGUGUGUUUGAUUUCUCUCUGUCCGCUUUUUAUUUCCACCUUUCGUCGGCGUCCCUUCAAGAGUCAAAGCAACCGAGCAGAUCAAAAUGAUCUGUUUUAUCUUCACACAUAUCCUGGUGAAUCUGAAUCAAAUCCUUUAGAAAAGUUAUGUUUUUAAUCUUGAUGGGAGCCCCCCCCCCCCCCCCCUCCCCCUGCAGAUUUUAUUUCUAUUAUCAUUUUUUAUUAUGAGGAAAACGGAGGGAAAAGCAUUCGUAAAAGUUACAGGUGACGGAGACGGAGAAGAGAAACGUUGUUAAAAGAAAAGUAGCGAAAAUGUCGCGUCGAAGCAGAAAAAAAGAAAAUGCUUUCCGACCUUGCUGCCGUCGUUGCUUUGUGUCGUCACGAGCAGCUCGAGCCCCUGGUGGUGACGGAGGUGUAGCGCAGAUCGAAGAGAACGAAAAAAACAAGAAAAAAACAGAACGGCUAGAGUAGAAACGUUGGUUUGUGUGGGGCACAGUUUUAUAAUCGUACUCUGUGGAUAUUAUGACAUGUAUUUGAUAUGAAGAAACAUUUGUAUUGUGCCUGCUACUGUCAGUGUUCCUCUUUUUGUUUGUUUUUGGUUUCGUUGCCGCUCUCAUCGUAAAAUGUGCUAAAGCUCUUUCUAGCAUUUUUAGAUUGCUUUUAGCAAUGAAAGUGCUCUAUAAAUGAAAUUUAUUAUUAUUAUUAUUAUUAUUAUUAUUAUAAAAGGUCGACGUUACCUCUAUGCGUUAAAAGAGUAACUUUCACGGCCAAAAUUAACCAGAAGCGAGAAACGAGUCGGUCGUUGAUUACGGUAUUUAAACCGCCGCUCACAGGAAGCUAGCUACGUCUUAAAGCGCGGCUACGUAACGUCUGAGGACGCCAUUCAUGAGAUGAUGCUAAAUGCUAAGACUAUUUAGCGUUUAGCUAAAACAGUUGCACAAGCGAGAAGAAUCAAAGUCAUUAGCUAACAUUAGCUAACAUUAGCUAACAUUAGCUAACAUUGGCUAACAUAAGCUACCGGUCACACCGGGGCUAUUGCUAAUUGCUAAAAGGUGUAUUUCACCUUUCCACGUGUAAGAAGAAUGUUUAUGUUUGUUUCUUCUCUGACAAAGUUAAACCUUCGCGCUUUAGAGGUUGAAAUAAAAAAACGACGACUAGUGUUUUGAAACGGUGCUCGAGUGGAACGAACGUGGACGUGUUGUGACGCAGACGGACGGAUGUCGGGGCCGAGAUGAGAGAUGUUUUUGUUGUGAAUGCGCUGGAACGCUCGACGUCCGAGGAGCGAAAUCAACUUUACUUGAGUUGGUAAAAAGUGUAAUGAGAUCUCAGUGUUUACACUUCUUCUGUACGCGCUCGCAGAGUAGGCUAGCUGUGCUGCGAUCAUGCUAAAUGCUACGACUGCCAUUUAGCCAUUAGCUAAAACACUGUCAUGAGGUCAUUUGAUAACGCUAGCUAACAUUAGCCACUCAGUCAUACCAGGAAGAGAACUUUUAAUACAGGGUUGUAUCGUGUGUGUGUUGUGCAGGGGGCGCUAGCUAGGUGGUCCUGAAUGAAUGGGGGUCUAUGAAGCUGCAAUGUAACGUUUAUGGGUUAAAACGAAAAAUGUGUUGGUCGCCAUCACGGGCAGUUAGCGGCUGCUACAUUAGCCGCAUUUACAUUUGUCCGUCUGACAUGACGAUCCUGCUGUAGAUGGUUCGAUUCCGUCCACUUUUUUCUGCGAACUCCGCCAAUUCAGAUCUAUGAUCAAUACGACAUCUGUCAAAAUUAAAACUUUUUGUCCUGAAGCAGGUGACAAUAAUUAUCUUAGCUCCGUUCUCUCAGUUCAUUGGACCACCUCGUCACUGCCCUCUAGGUGUGAACUGCAGCCAAUCACAGUACAGCGGCACUAACAGGAAGUGGACUGGUUCUCUGUAGACGGACUCUUAGUGCUGAUUUUAGGUAAAGGUGCGUUUUGAAUUUGAACUUUUCCAGGUACAAAAGGAGAUUCUGUUAUUUUUUUCUCAGCAGUAACACGUUUACGCUUUAGAGGUCGGAAGAGAGUCGACUGUUUUUAAACUGUGGUCGUGUGGAAUGAAUAUGGAUGUCGGGGCCGAGUUGUCGAGCGCCGCUGAAGUUAAGUGACACGAGAUCAGACAGAAACACAGGAUUCAUCAGGAUGUGAGACUCAGCUGGUUGCGUUUAUCUUAGGUGAUUAAAUUGCUUUGAGGCCAUGGUAAAAAAAAAAAAAAAAGAGUUUCAUUUUGUGGCCACAAUUAUGUGGACAGUUUCAGGCUUUCCAUCAGAUUUCUGGAGCCUGCAGGGAUUGAGGUUGAUUUGCGUGAGGUUGGGUGAUAAAUGCAGAAACAGGAUCAUGCAAACUGUUGUGGUUCAAGAUAAGUAGUUAAUCUUCAAAACUGAACUCCAACUAAUUUACUUUUUUUUUUUUCUUCAACAAACUAAAGGAUCCUAAACUUGGUUUUCCCACCUUCUGUUUACACUGACCCUUGAAAAGGAUCUGACGACCCCUAGUGGUGAGUCUGGGGUUUAGCACUGAAGUCUCAAUGCCUCAGUUUGGUAACUGCUCUGAAAAUAUCGUUUGCAGAUUGUCAUGAUUGGAACCAAGGAGCCCAAACCUUGAAAAAUCAAAACUACACAGGAGUGAAAUAAGUUAACAGACAUGUCCACAUAUUUUUGGCCAUAUGGUGAAUUCCAAAAGGAAGAUUAGAAGAGAUUUUAGGGAAGUUAUUCAACAGUUUUCUGUUUUGUUUUUUUCUGAGGCUUUUAUUUUGUAUCUUAACAGGUGAUUUGUGACCAGUUUCCUGUUUCUGAAUUAAUUAAAAACGUGUAAAAAAAAAACCCCAAAGAAAAUAAACCGGUCUGACGUCCUAAAGUUGAUCAAUUUCCCUCGUGACUCGCGUUAAUGAGUCCAUCUUCUUCUUGCAUGCUCCUCAUGGAGACGAAGCCGUCUGCUUGUGGCCUCCCUUCACUAAGUGGUCUCUCUGUACAUCCUGUUUAUAUUUGCUUUCUGGAUUCGGAAGGAUAUGCCGACUGAAAAAAGUGUGUGAGAUGUGUGUGUGUGUGUGUGUGUGUGUGUGUGUGUGUGUGUGUGUGUGUGUGUGUGUGUGUGCGUGUGUGAGGUUUACACACGUGAUGAAGAGUCAGUCCCACAGUACGAUCCCAUCUCUCUGUUUUACAUGAAUUGUUGACAUAGAUAUAAAACAGUUUUUAUCUCUAUGGUUGCAAAGAAGCUUCUUUAAUUUAUCGGAACAGACACGAUUGAUUGAAAACGUUGAGCUCGCAACAUUAUCUGCAUGUUACAGUAAAUCCACGGUUCUUUGUUUUCUUUCGACCCCGUCAGUCGAACAAAUUCGUCCCACAGCGCAGCGAAGACGUGAGUGUUGAGGAACGGGGGUUGAAAGUUUGUGCUUCUGUUUCCUCCGUGUAGAAACCGAAUGUCAUAAUUUCCCUAAUAAUGUAUUAAAAAUCUCCAAAAUGUAAUGAAACCUGAACGUUAUAUAACUUUUCCAAUUUGUAACAGCAAAAUGUAACCAACAUGAACACAUUAUUGGUGGCGUUACGACAAAAUUACAAAAUGUACAAUAUUGUGAAAUUAUUACAUUGGAUUCUGCAAAAAAUAUGGUGAAGCUAAUAAUGUCAUAAAAAAUGUCCACAUAAUCCAGAAUGUAAUAAAACCUGAGAACGUAAUGUUACCAAUUAUGUAAAAAAUGAUCUUACCAAUAAUGUAUCUUUCAUAAUGUUAAUACAUUAUCAGUGAAAUGCUGCUCAAAUUGUCCGUUAUUACAUUACUGGGAAAUUAUUACAUUAUUGGAUUCUGCUAAAAUAUGGUUAACCCAAUAAUGUAAUAAUUUCCUGUUGAUACAAUGUAAAAAAAAUAGUUGGGACAUUGAUACAGAUUUAGAUAAUGGGUUAAGACAUUUUAUUACAUUAUCAGGUUUUAUUACAUUUUUGAUGGAGUAAGGCGGAGAUUUCUAUGACAUAAUUUGCCGUUAUUUCAUUAUCAGGACAUUGUUGCAUUAUCGGGUUCCUCGCUCCUCCGUGUUGGAAACAUUUUUACUGCAGUGAAAAAACUUGUCACUUUCUUUUUCAUUCUGACGCUGUACAGUUGUGGAAAAAUGUGAUUGUUCUCGUUACCGUGCAUUUUGAUCAAUAACUGGUUUAUGAUGAUUCUUGUUGUUGUAUAUGUGUAUUUGAAAAUAAAUGCUAUGAAGUCACA